AGGACAAUAACCUGAUCACAUGUGAUCUCGACCCUUUUCGGCAACAACAGAAAACCUGACCCUCCUUAAUUUAGAGGGAGGUUUUUUUGUUCAUUUGCUCUCAGGCAUUCAGACCGAUGGGAGCUGCUCCAGUUCAGAGAUGUUGGGGAAACGUGUUGUUCGCUCAUUUGUGUUCUCAUUGUGGUAAAAUGCACAUCACGGGAAAGUGACCGUUUUCACCAUUUUUUGAGUGUGCAGUUCUGUGGCAUUAAAUGCAUUCACAAUGUUGUGCAACCAUCGCCACCGUCCAUCUCAAGAACUCUCUUCAUCUUCUCAAACUGGAACUGCCCUUUCUGUGUCUAUGAAUCUGACUUCUCUGGAGACGUCGUAUAAGCCGAGUCCUAUGACAUUGGUCCUUUCGUGACUGUCUUAUUUCGCUUACACGUGCCCUCGAGACCCAUCGUGUUGUGGCAGGUGUCAGGACCUCCUUCCUCGAUACGGCUGAAUAAUGGUCUGUUGUAUGGAACAGCCAUAUUUUGUUUGUCUACCCCCUGCUGAUGGGCAGUUGGGUUGUUUCCUUCCAUCUUUUGGUUAUUGCGAACAGCGCUGCGAUCAAUUUGGGUAGACAGGCAUCUGUUUGAGUCCCUGCCUUCCGUGCUUUCGGGUGUAAGCUCAGAAGUUGGUUCACUCAGGAUAAUUGCAGUCUCUCAACGUAAGAGGAAGACGGGAGAAGUGCUUGCAAAUUUCAAAUAAGAAUAAUGACCGCUCUCCGCGCGAGGCCCCUCACAUCGCCCCGGACCCAUUUCCCCUGACUCUUACCUGGAAAAGGGUUUUUAAUUUCUGUUUGUGUUUCCCCUUGAGUCACGUCUUUAAACAGAAAGGAAGUCCGAAGCGUCCUCUAUCACUGACUCUGAGAAACAACGGAGUCUUACCCAACCCUCCCAAAAAGGGAACCCGGGUGAUGAGUUUCUCAGUCAAGGUGUGGGGUGUGCGCUCACAAUGCCACGCUCCUUCCUGGUGAAGAGCAAGAAAGCUCACACCUACCACCAGCCCCGCCUCCAGGAAGAUGAACCCAUCUGGCCUCCUGCCUUUAGCCCUGGGGCCAGGGACCAGGUCCUGAGCAACGAUCCCGUCCUCAGCACCCUGUUCCCGAACCAGCGCCUGGCCUGGACUGACCUCAAACGGGAAACAGAGCUGGAACUGGACCAGAGCCUGACCAGGACGGCCUUGGUGCCAGAGGGCCCCGCUGUGAUGCCCCGAUCCCAGGACAGGGACUCCGACUCACCCCCGUUCUACAAGCCCAGCUUCUCCUGGGAUGCCCUGGCCUCCUCCUAUGGCCACAGCUACCGGCAGGCCCCCUCCACCAUGCAGUCUGCCUUCCUGGAGCGCUCCGUCAGCCUGUAUGGGAGCCCUCUGGUGCCCAGCACUGAGCCGCCCUUGGACUUCAGCCUCCGCUGCUCCCCGGGCAUGGACGCAUACCACUGUAUCAAGUGCAACAAGGUGUUCUCCACCCCACACGGGCUCGAAGUGCACGUCCGACGCUCCCACAGCGGGACCCGGCCCUUCGCCUGUGACAUCUGUGGCAAAACGUUUGGCCAUGCCGUGAGCCUGGAGCAGCACACGCACGUCCACUCCCAGGGGAUCCCGGCAGGGCCCGGUCCUGCACCCAGCGUGGCAGUCCCGGGUCUCGAGGCCCCGCCUGCGCCUGACCCCCCGGGGCCUCGUUUCCUCCGGCAGGAGCGCAGCUUCGAGUGCCGGAUGUGCGGCAAAGCCUUCAAGCGCUCGUCCACCCUGUCCACGCACCUGCUCAUCCACUCGGACACGCGGCCCUACCCCUGCCAGUUCUGCGGGAAGCGUUUCCACCAGAAGUCGGACAUGAAGAAGCACACCUACAUCCACACCGGUGAGAAGCCACACAAGUGCCAGGUGUGCGGGAAGGCCUUCAGCCAGAGCUCCAACCUCAUCACCCACAGCCGGAAGCACACUGGCUUCAAGCCCUUCAGCUGUGAGCUGUGCACCAAAGGCUUUCAGCGCAAGGUAGACCUGCGGCGGCACCGGGAAAGCCAGCACAAUCUCAAGUGAGGCUGCACCCGCCCCCGGCUCCGGGCCAGCCCGCCCUGAGGUCCCGAGACCCAGAGGGAGGCCGGCCUCGUGCACCCACACCCGCCCCCCCCACCCCCCCAGUCCCCUGGAGUCAGCACCGGACGGGAAUCUUGCAGCCUGUUUUGAGACUCACGAAAUUGCUGUGUGACCUCAAGCAAGUGGCUUUCCCUCUCUGGACCGACAUGUUCCUGCGGCAAAGGGUGGGGACUGGGUCGGGUCUUUUCUGAGCUGAAGUUGUCUAGAGAUCUAAGAGCUUGGGCGCCUUCCCCAGGGCAGAGCCCAGAAGGCCAGCGUAGCCCCCUGUGGACAGGGGGAGGCCGAGAAUAGACCGGAACUGGGAUCCACAGAGAAAUCUUCCCCCUGCCCGCUGCCCUUUGUGCUGAGAUCUGGUUUUCAGCGGGCCUCUUUCUGGCUGCCACGGAUGGCCAGAGCCGUCUCCUGCCCCAGAGGGAGGCCCGACACCCCUCUGCUUCAGGCAGUGCUGCUGACACUCAGCUGGCCGUGGGGGUUCCAGUUCUGCUUUGAGGCCAUGGGGCUGGAGAAAACAGUUACCGCCAUCAAAAGCCUGUUCCUCUCAACUGCCGUAAAUCCAAAUAAAGACACAGAUUUAUUUACAUUUGA